AUGGAGAAUGAAGAGGGUUACACAGAACUUCAUUUCAAAGCAAGGAAGAAAAGUGUCAAAGCAGAACUUCCCUCUAAUUCUUCAGGCUUGCGGUAUCUUGCUGCUCUCUCAGGAUUUCUGAAUGUUGUAUUUCUGGGAGCUGUGAUCACAUUAACUCAGAAAUGUGACUUGCUAUCAAGUGACAGGUGGAAUACCAGAGAAAAUGUUUCUGAAAGCGACAAUAUCGUUGAGGAAGAUCUUUCUGAAAACAGCUUACUGACUACUUUAAAGGAAAGCUUAUGCGUGCAUACAAAUGACUCCAGAUGUGAACUCUGUCCCAUUGGCUGGAAGCUGCUUUAUGGGAGAUGUUAUUUCUACUCAGAAAUGCGUGACACCUGGGAGAAUAGUAGGAAGUAUUGCUCAGGAAAAAGAUCUGAGCUCCUGAUUAUAGAGGAUGAGACUGAAAUGGAUUUCUUGAACAAACUGAAGGAUAAAGAUACUGGCUUUGUUUGGACUGGAUUAAGCUUCAAUGAGAAGGAAGGAAGAUGGGUGUGGCUCAAUGAUCCCAAACAUCCAGGGCACAGUUUUACAAUAAAAGGGAGGAAGAAAGAAGAAAAAUGUGCUGCCUAUAAGUUGACAGAAAUGCAUGCUGAUAACUGCCACUCCCUGUACAAGUGGAUUUGCAAGAAGAGUGCAGUCCUUCUGGCUAUAUAA